CCUUGCUUUAGAUAAAUGAUGUUAAAUGAUCUGUACACAUCCUCUCCAUUCUGUCACAGGGUGGAGUCUUUAGGUUGUGGAGCCCUGUAUCAGAGUGAUGACUCACAGGGGACUUGUGAACUCUGUGCUAAAGUUCCAGACACCAACCACUGGGUCCUGGUGAAGCCUGAACUCUCUAUAGGGAAAGAUCUCUCAACCUACAGCCUGAGCUCUCCUACAGGGAGCUAUGAGUGUUCAGAGUCUGGUCUGCGCUGGUCAUGUGCUGGUCCAGUCACGCUGCAGUACUAUGAUUUGCAAUGGGAACUCUACUGUGAAGAGAUAGCAAACAUGCAUUACAGACCAGCCGGUUCUCUGAUGGACAUCAGGCUGAUGUCAGGAGAGCUGGAGGAGAUCCAUCUUCCACAUUUCCUGUGUUUGGGGGAUUGUGAAGCAUCUCUGCAUGAUGCUGUGAGGGUCCUGCAUGGUCAGGACAGUGGAGUGUGUCUGGAGGUGUGUGAGCUGACCCGACACCAUGUCAAGCUUACCCACCCCUCCUUGUCCCCUCUGGGCUUGCUUCUGAAGACUGGCAUUCCCAUUAGAGUCCACUGUGAGCAGCUGCUCUUCAAGACCUGCACCUCUCCCCUCACUCUCCAUGCCUACCUGGUUCCCAAAGAGCGAGCAGCGCUUCGAGCCGUGGAGGACCAGGAGAGGAGCAGUGGGGUGAAGAUCUCCAAGCCCAAGCCGGAGAGAUCUCUCGGGAUGAACAGCUGGUUCAGCAUGAGGACGUCCUGCCCAUCCACCAUCACCCCCGAGAAGAUCAAGCUGAGGUACUGCAGCUUCAGUCCAAACUUCUUUGAUGUAUAUUUCAAGCAGGCAGAGGAGGCCUUUGAGAUGGAGUUAGUCUGCCUGGAAACCGGCAUGUCUGUUUGGAGAGCUGAGAUACGGAAAAAUGAUUAUAGGCAGACCAGUCAGGAGGCCAUUUCAGAGGGACAGAACAAUGAUCAAUGUCAAACAUGUGGUAACCACAGGGACACCUCAGAAAAAAAGAAAAGCGAUUUUUGCACUGGGGGCAGUUUGCGCAUCUCAGGGAUAGAGAGAGAUGAUCACUACCAGACCAGAGGAGUGGACAGGAACAUCUCAGAGGUUGCAGCAUUUGUGGACAGGCACAGAGUAAAGCUCAUUCGCAGCGUGCGUAACGUGAUGCCCAUUGCAGAUGUGCUGCUCUCCAAGGGACUGGUCCACUUUGAGAAGUAUUCAGAGAUCAAAGCAGCAAUCACCCCUCAGGCAAAGAUGCGAGAGAUCUAUGAGUGUCUGCGCUCAGCUGGAGCUGAGGGGAAAGCAGCGUUCUAUGGAGUUCUACUGCAGGAGGAGCCCCACCUGCUCCAAGACCUGAAAACGCUACCAUGUGUGUCUCCUGGGGAGGGACACCUGGAAAUCACACCCAUCCGCACUGAAUGCACAGCAGGGGGAACUGCCACCGUGCGUCGCCUGAUGCAAAGCAGUACAGAGACAGCGGCAGUAGUGAGCUCCACCGAGCAGAAGAGAUCACCCUCUUCUGUAUUUAACUGUGUGUCCAUCAAGAGUGGCUUGGCCAUGGACCAACCACCCCGUUUAGAACAUUCUCCUGCUCAUCACAGGUCAGGUGGUCCUACCCAAAGACCAGUGUUCCCAGUGCCCAGCUGUGUGUCCAUGAAAAGUGACAACUCCAUGGACCAGCCACCCAAAUUAGGAGAGGGACAUUCUCCAGCCGGUCAAAGUGGUCCACACCAAAGACCAGUGUCCCCAGUGCCCAGCUGUGUGUCCAUAAAAAGUGACAACUCCAUGGACCAGCCACCAAAAUUAGGAGAGGGACAUUCUCCUGCCGGUCAAAGUGGUCCACACCAAAGACCAGUGUCCCCAGUGCCCAGCUGUGUGUCCAUGAAAAGUGACAACUCCAUGGUCCAACCCUUGGCAUUUAAAGGCCAUGCAGCUACCAUAGAGAGCCCCAUCCAGCAGGUGAGAUCACCCUCUCCCGAAGCGAGCUGUGUGUCCAUGAAAAGUGACUGGUCCAUGGACCAACCACCCAAAUUAGGAGAGGGACAUUCUCCUACUCGUCAAAGUGGUCCACACCAAAGACCAGUGUCCCCAGUGCCCAGCUGUGUGUCCAUGAAAAGUGACAACUCCAUGGACCAGCCACCCAAAUUAGGAGAGGGACAUUCUCCUGCCGGUCAAAGCCCUAUCCAGCACAAGAGAUCACCCUCUGCCGAAGCAAGGUGUGUGUCCAUGAAGAGUGACAACUCUAUGGACCAACGACCCCGUUUAGGACAAGGACAUUCUUCUGCUCGUCACAGUGGUCCACACCAAAGACCAGUGUCCCCAGUGCCCAGCUGUGUGUCCAUGAAAAGUGACAACUCCAUGGUCCAGCCACCUUACAUAGGAGAGGGACAUUCUCCUGGCAGCCAAAGCUUCCAGACUGAGGUAGACUCAUGCACAUCGGACCAUGACUUGACCAUGACUUCACCUGAUACCUCUUACCACGAAUCUGAGGAAGAGGAUCUGACUGAUAACAGAUCUGACUUUACACUCUCUGAGGAGAUAAUCCAAGAGCAACUUAAGUCCCAUCUUAGAACCAAACUACAGCAUGUCCUCAAAGGUCCAUCCAACCCUGUUCUUCUGAGUGAGAUCUACACCGAGCUCUACAUCACCGAGGGGGACAUGGGGGAGGUCAAUGAGGAGCAUGAGGUCAGAGAGAUUGAAGCAGCAUCCAGGGGAAAUACAGAAAAUACACCCAUCAAGUGCAGUGAUAUCUUUAUGCCACUGCCAGCGCAGUGCAAAACCAUCAGAACAGUUCUUACAAAGGGCAUUGCUGGCAUAGGAAAAACUGUGUGUGUGCAGAAGUUUGUACUGGAUUGGGCUGAGGGGACUGCUAAUCAAGAUAUCAAAUAUAUAUUUCCACUGUCCUUCCGCGAGCUAAACUUACUGAAAGCUAAGCAAUUCAGUCUGCCCGAGCUUCUCAAACACUUUGUUGGUGAAUUCGAAAGUGUUCCAGUUUUGGAAGAUGGUCAUCAUGAGGUUCUGCUCAUCUUUGAUGGCUUGGACGAAUGUCGGCUUCCGCUGGCAUUUAAGGAAAAUCAGAAACUGUGCAAACCAACAACAGCAGCAUCCGUGGAUGUUCUGCUAACAAACCUCAUUCAAGGACACCUGCUUCCCUCUGCUCUCAUCUGGAUCACUUCACGACCAGCAGCAGCUGGCCGAAUACCCCAAGACUGCGUGGACAGGGUCACAGCAGUCCACGGGUUUGGUGACCAACAGAAGAAAGAAUACUUCAGAAAACGGAUCAGAAAUCAAACUCUUGCUGAGAAAGUAAUAACGCACAUUGAGUCACUGAGGAGCCUCCAUAUCAUGUGCCACAUUCCUGUCUUCUGCUGGAUUUCAGCCGCUGUUCUAGAGAGAUUGUUUGAGGAAGAAGACGUUAGUGCCAUUCCCAAGAAUCUGACACAGAUGUACACACAUUUUCUGGUCAUUCAGACAGACAUCAAAAAGAAGUACAAAGAGAGAAAAGAGACAGAUGAAGAAGAGAUAAUCUUCAAACUGGGGAAACUGGCUUUCCAACAGCUGGAGAUGGGCAAUCUGAUCUUCUAUGAGGAAGACCUGAGGAAGUGUGGCAUUGAUGUCACAGAGGCAUCAGUGUAUUCAGGAGUGUGUACCCAGAUCUUCAGAGAGGAGUGUGGACUGUGCCAGGGGAAGGUGUUCUGCUUCGUGCAUCUGAGCAUUCAGGAAUUUCUCGCAGCUCUGUAUGUGUUAUUGCACUUCUACUCCAAGGAGUCUGAGGGACUUCCAAACUCCAACCUGGCUAGUCUGUUCACCGCAUCAACUCUUUCAGGCCUUCAAAUAAUCGCAGUGGACAAAGCCUUGCAGCAGCCUAAUGGAGAUCUCGACCUGUUUCUGCGCUUCCUUCUGGGUCUCUGUUUUAGUGCUCUCCAGCCUGACCAAACUCUUCUGCAGUCCUUUUUCCCACAUAUCAGGAGCACUUCAUCCAGCAAUGCUGCUGUUAUCGACUACAUCAAGACCAGAAUUCAGAUCAACCAGUCCCCAGAGCCGUCCAUCAACCUGUUUCAUUGUCUAAAUGAACUAAAUGACGACUCUCUGGUGGAGGAGAUCCAGGAGUACCAGAGGUCCAGACGCCUGUCGAAAGUCACUCUUACUCCAGGGCUGUGGUCUGCACUGGUGUUUGUGCUGCUGAUGUCCAAGAGCAGUCUGGAGGUGUUUGACUUGGGGAAAUACUCGGCACGUCCGUCAGAUAAGAGCCUCUUUCGGAUGCGUCCAGUGCUGAGGGAGAGCAGAAGAGCUGAACUUGCUUCCUGCAACCUGACAGAGAAUAGCUGUGAAACUCUGGCCACAGUCAUCAGCUCACACAACUCUCACCUCAGGGAGCUGGACCUGAGUGACAAUAACAUUCAGGAUGCUGGAGUAGCAUUGCUUUCCAGUGGCAUUGAGAAAGUCAGCUGUAAGCUAGAGAAACUUAGUUUGUCGAAAUGUGGAAUUGGACCGAGUGGCUGUGAAUCUCUUCUGUCGGCCAUAUUACGGAAUCUCAGUCAUCUGACAAGUAUUGAUCUGAGUAACAAUCACCCAGGACACAGUGGAAUGAGUCGACUGUCUGAAGUGCUUCAGACCCACCAGUGUCGCAUAAAUGAACUAAAGUUAAUCAACUGCAGCAUCACACAUAACAGUUGUCAACUGUUAGCUAUGGGUCUUGGCUCAAAAAACUCAAGUUUAAGAUAUCUUGACUUGAGUGGAAACAGCAUUGAGAAUAGAGGUGUCAACAAACUUUGUCAUGGUUUAAGGAACUCCAAUUGCAAACUUAGCUCUCUGAGGUUGAGUAGCUGUAAUGUGGGAGAGACGGGCUACCAAGCUCUAGCCUCAGCUCUAGCUUCAAACCCCUGCAGCCACCUGACAGAGCUCUUCAUCAGCUAUAACGAGCCUGGAGAUUUGGGCUUACGUGAACUUGAAAAAGUAAAGCAGCUUCCACAGAGCAAACUAAAAGUUCUCAAAUUUACACAGACUUCACUGUCCAAACUACGAGAGGAGGAAACCAGCCAGGACACAGCAGCAACUCACAGAGAUUCCUAAGGGGGAUCGGGUCCCAACCAUGAUUGAUCUCUAGUGCCAAGGGCUCAGUCCAUUGUAGGGCAUUAAGAUCCAGCAGGCAACAGAGGCACACUAGGCAGGGAGACAGCACGAGUCUGGGGGUAAGGAGUAAGGACACUUAAAUGUAAACUUUGUGAGCAAUGUCCCCAAGAAAGGGCAAAGCCCAAAACAGGAUAUGGCAAGUGACGACUAUAUCAUCUUUAGGAGAAUGUGGUGCUUGAUAAUCUUGGGACUUCAAAACGAACUGCAGAGGAUCGCAGAGUGGAGUCAGGAAUAUCAGACACCUCAGUAUGUGGGGGCACUUUUUACUGGGUACUCUUUUCUUCACCUUCUCAGGGUAGACUAGCAUGAUUGGGGACCCAUGUGAGAUGAGAUGAGAGGAAAUGAGUGAGGGAGAGAUGGGAAAUGACCUUAGAUGCAAUCGGGUGUCUAAACCCAGGUUAAGUCAGGUCUUUCAGGAAGGUCAGAUCUUCAAAGAGGAACUAUGCCGUUUUUUUUUUAGCUUAAUUUACCUUAACUUAACAGCUUCAGAGUCAUUGGAAUGGUUAUGUGACUUUCUCUGGGUUGAAUGGUCUUCUGUGGCUUAUUUAUCUGGGUUUCAUUUUGUCUACAGGAUAAUUCUCCUUUUGACAGUAGUGUCCAAAGGCACACUUCUGGUCUUUUGUACAUUGUCAAUAAAAAAAUCACAAAACA